AUGGCGCGAGUCGAGCACGAAGAGACUACACUUGCCGGGGUGGACCGGGAAGAAGGGGGAGGUGGGGGGCAAGGGAGAAAACCAGCACAGUACCGUCUCGUCGUUCUCGAAGAACCCCAGCAAGGGAGGCGCCCCGUGGAACUCGCGGUAGAGGCGGGUGAAGGCGGGGCCGGUGAGGCGGCUGCGCCAGGGCUUGCAGACGAGGGAGGCCCGGAAGAGGCACCCGGGGUCGUCCGGCGGGAGGCGGAGGAGGAUCUCCUCGAGGAGCUCGUCCGGCAGCGUCGCCGGCGGCGGCGGCAUGGCGGGUGGAGGCGUGGGUUGUGGCCGGAAUGGAAGGAGCAACUGCUGGGUCUGCGUUCGUGGGUCAUUUCACAGGCUCACAGGGUUGGGCUCAAGUCUCAACCAGCUCCGCGUGUGUGGGGGGAUUUCUGCCAAAGUGGAACCGGGGAGGCAGCGAGACUGGGACUGGUGCGUAGUGGAGGAGCUGAUUUCUCCAAGCGGGCAGUGGCAAUGGCGUGCUACGCCGCUCUCCUGCACCAGCCGCCCGCCUCGCCGUCCCCGUGCACCUCAGGCCGCGCCGGCUCCUGCCGUGUCCGUCCGCCCCCACUCCUCCAGCGCCGAGCCCUUCCCCUGUCUGUGCGCGCUCGGAUCUCCCCCCGCUGCUCCUACGCCGCAGCCGGAGAAAGCGCCGGAGCGGGCGCCGGGGAACAGCCCGCGGCGGCGCUCCGGAGAGUGCUGGGGACGCCGGGCGCCCACCAGGCGCCCGCUUGCUACGACGCGCUCAGCGCCCGCCUCGUCGAGCGCGCGGGGUUCAGGGCCUGCUUCACGAGCGGCUUCUCAAUAUCUGCUGCAAGGCUUGGAUUGCCAGAUGUUGGUCUCAUCUCCUAUGGUGAAAUGAUAGAUCAAGGGCGUUUAAUCACUGAAGCAGUAUCGAUACCUGUCAUUGGUGAUGCUGAUAAUGGUUAUGGAAACUGUAUGAAUGUCAAGAGGACAGUGAAAGGAUUUAUUAAUGCUGGUUUUGCUGGAAUUAUUCUUGAAGAUCAGGUGUCACCAAAAGCAUGUGGACAUACACAAGGAAGGAAAGUUGUCUCAAGAGAGGAAGCGAUUAUGCACAUAAAAGCCGCUGUAGAUGCCAGGAAGGAGAGUGGCUCUGACAUUGUUAUUGUGGCAAGGACAGAUUCUCGUCAAGCUUUGUCUCUUGAUGAAGCGUUAUGGAGAGCACGAGCUUUUGCUGAUGCUGGAGCAGAUGUUCUAUUUAUUGAUGCCCUUGCCUCAAGGGAAGAGAUGAUGGCGUUUUGUGCAGUUUCACCUGGAGUUCCAAAAAUGGCCAACAUGUUAGAAGGUGGUGGUAAAACUCCUAUAUUGAGCCCUCUUGAACUUGAAGAAAUUGGUUACAAAAUCAUAGCCUACCCAUUAUCUCUAAUUGGGGUAUCAAUGCGUGCAAUGGAGGAUGCUCUUGUUGCUAUAAAAGGUGGCCGCAUACCUCCUCCAAGUAGCUUGCCAUCAUUUGAGGAGAUCAAGGAUACGCUAGGGUUUAACCGUUAUUAUGAAGAGGAAAAGCGAUACGUUGCAUCACCAGCUCAAUCAUCCUUUUGGAGUGGUAAUUAUGAUUAUACAAGUGAAGCUAGCAGUUCAGGAGACACCAAGUCCAGGACUGAGAAAUCACAAGAACCUAUUAUUGACAUACUGCCACAGCUCUAUGAUCCUGGUUCCGCUGGAGGCAGAGGUCCUUCAGGUGGGAUGUGGUCCCGCACACUUCGAUUGAAGAUUACAGGAAGAGAUGGGGUCCAGAAAAUUGAUGCCAGGAUACCUGCUGGAUUCUUAGAAGGGAUGACAAAAGUUAUUCCAGGCCUGGCUGGAACUAAUAUCAUGGAAAGGCUUCGGAACGCGCCUAUGGAUUCGGACAACCCCCAGAACGGGCAGAUACUGCUUGAUUUUGAGGACGGCAGGGGAGAUAGGAUCCAGGUUUUCAUCGCGUGA